AUGUCCGGCUUACAGAGGCUUCGUUACUUCGAAAAUAAUACAUUUAAAGACAAUGAACAUCGUAUUUACAAGACGUAUUUAGAAAAUAUUCGUAAAGAUUCGGAUCUAAUAAAAUCUCGUGAUAAUGAAACAGUUCGAAAGUUAGCAGAAGAGGCCUUAGAGAAAUUUACGGAUGAAAUAAAUUCAGCUCAAAUUAAUGACCUUUGGAGAAAGUGCCUAUCCUUUAUAGAAGCAUUGAAGAAAGCAAUAGACCUCAAUGCUAAUAAGAUGGCUUACCGACUGGUGGUGUUACAUGAUAACCUCAGCGAUACAAUAUUUAAUGUUACUUAA